GCUGUUUCUUUGCUGCACAUAUCCGAAUAGAAAACGUGAAAAGAAUUUAGAAAUUAGGAAGGGCAACAGCGUAGACAUGCUGUAAUUUGAAAAACUCUUGAUUGAGAUAUCAAUAGCAAAAUGAACAAUCAGGAAAAAUUGUCUUUGGCCAUUUUUGCUAUUUUAAAUGAAGAUAUUGGGUCCGAAAAAGAAAUCCAAAUAAGAAGAGGUGCAUUGGAUAUACAGAGUUGUUUUUUCGCGGCAUUAGCUGGUCCUAUGCUCUCAUACGUUUCGAUAAUCAUAAGUGGAAGUAAAAGGGAAGGUUUUAGAAUACCAGGUUCAGAUUUUGAUGUAAUGACUCCUUUUAAACCAAAUAUCAUUAGAUUGUUCGAAAAUGAUCAAUCAAGAUACAACUCUAGCAGAUUUUCAGCAAACCCCAUAUCAAUUUGGCCACUUUACAUGGAACUUGAAUGUGAGGAAUCCAAUCCUGGAUUUUACAAACUUCGAAUCCCAUUUUGUAAGAGUUCAUCCGACGAUGGUUUUAUUGUUAUGCAAGGAAAGACGUAUUUUAGAAGUGAUUGGAAUUAUCUUUUUUUGCUAGGCAGAAUUCAUUUAGGUGGUUUGCAGCACGGCCCCUGUUUACAAUCUACUUUAUCAGGAGAUGAAGUUGAUCUUGGUAUUUGUAUUCAGUGCCCAUUUUGGCCAAAAAGAGCAAAUCCCUGGAUUAAAAGAUGUUCGAAAUGGCCAAACCAAAACGUUGUGCAAAGGAUCAUAAAAGGUGGAUGUCAUGUUAUGGCAAUCGGUAGUCAAGAUCCAGAUUUAAGAAAUAUAGAAUGGAGAAUUUCAUUUUCAAUGGCGGAAUUAGAACUGAUUUAUUCUAUGAAUCAUACCCAAUUUCUUGUCUAUGGAUUGUUGAAAUUAUUUCUAAAGGAGGUAUUAGAUAAAUUUUGUGAGGAGUCAAUGCUUUGUUCUUAUUUCAUGAAAACAGCAGUGUUGUGGGAGAUUCAGGAAAAUCCGUUCCCUUGGGAUCCGUGUACAAUUGUCUCGUGCUUUUGGUUGUGCUUCAAACGUUUAAUCAGCUGGGUAGAAAGAGGGUUUUGUCCAAAUUUUUUCAUUCCUGAAAACAAUAUGUUUUAUGGAAAGAUCUUUGGAUGUAAACAAGAAUGGUUACUUUGUCAACUCCUUAGAUUGUAUGAAGAGGGCAUUACCUGUAUUUUCCAAAUGCCGUCAUUUAAUUUCAGUAGGAUUUUAAAGACAUUAUAUCCUGUAUGGUUGUUUGAAGAUGAAUCUAGACUACAAUUGAAGCAGACAUUUGAAAUAAGAACUUUUAAUGAAAUUAAAGGAUUUGAAACUUUUGGUCUACUUCACACAAUGAUAAAGAGGCCAAUGUAUUGCUUAAGGAUGUUAGAGGAUAUUGUAAAAUAUCACCAUACAGAGGAACGCAAAGUAACUAUUCAACAUUUUGCGUCCUUAACUUUCCAUCGUCUUUCAUUCUGUCUUUACAAUUCAUCAAUGAAAACAGAAAACAAAUUCUUCUACAAAAGUAACAAGUUGAUAUUGUCACUGCUCACUUUAGCAGAAAAGUACGGGAAUGUAUCUGAAAUUUUAUAUUUGUGUAUAUUCUUGUACAGAACACAAAGGUAUGAAAAAGCCGCAAGUCUUUUGGAAGAUCUUAAUAGAAAACUUAACAACCCCUCUUUACUUUACAACAACAAUGUCAACAUCCAAAAAUACGAAGAUACUGUAGGAAAUGAAGCAUUAUGUGAGAAACUAAGAAAAGCGGUUGCAUUUGAUAUACUGCUAGACAAUGAAAGUUGUUAUAUUAAAGAACUUCUGCUGGAGCAGCAAAUUCAUGCCUUAAAUGAUAAAUGUUGUAUUAUUGUUCCUGCGCUUGUUUUUGUGCAUAUGCUACAAGUUUUGGUAAAUAACGAAUUGCAUAAUGAACACGGAAAAAUUAACGCUUUAGAAAAUCUCUUUUAUCUUGUGCAUUAUAACAAUGGUUUGUUCAUUCCAGACAAACUGAGGGAUAUUUCAUGGCAUAUACUUGGGAUCUGCCAACUUGUCUGUGGAGAGUUUAAAAAUGCUAUGCAGUCCUUUAUGGAAUGUUUUCAAAUUCUAAAACAAGUAAAUGGACUUUACGUUACUCAAACACCUUUUGGAGCCUUACACUUGCGGAUAAAAUACAUUAAGGAUAAAUGUGAAUUGAAUUUCUUAUAGCCUAAAAAUGAGACCGGACUGAAGUCAUGGCACCUGAAAAUUCAACACAUCUUAUAUCUUACUUCAUGUUGACUUUGAAAAAAAAAGUUAUCAGAGAUGACCUACAAAGUGCAGUUAGAUUGAGCAUUUAAAGGAUCUCUUUAACCCUCAGGCCUUCAGGUAUUAUGAUAUAUAUACAGCUUACUGUUAACUGCCGCCAAGUAUAAAAAUGGAUGCGUUUAUUUUUUUUCAAAACUUGAGACAAUCUGUGAUGCUAUUUCC